AUGACCAGCUACCCAUUGCCAGUUGUUUGGCCAGGACAGGAAUCCACACAGCCGUAUUUCAGCUUGCCGCUCUACACUUUCUCAGUUGAGAAUGAGUCGAGCCUUCGUGAACCUCCUAAUUUGGAUUCCUCCAUCAAAUUGCUCUACCAAUUUGCGGUUGAUGGGUUUGUGUCCCAGUCUGACCCAGUACUGGUACGCUGUGAGUCGGCUGCUCUCCCAACUUCUGGUCAAAUUCGAGAUGGAACCAUUUGGUAUUUGAAGGGUGCCCUCCGCAUUCAGACUGCAAUUGCGGCACUGGUGGCUGCGAAGGAAUUGAAGAUUCAGGCAGGUUUCAUCUCCAAUACCUGGGCCCAAGGUGAAACAUAUGGAAAAUUUGAUACUUAG